AUGUCGGAUAUGGAAGUGAGGCAAAGAAAACUGGCUGGUAUACCGACAAAAGAAGGCAGCUCCCAUAAUUAUGCGGAAGAGGAAGAUGAUAAAGUGAAGAAAUCAUUUAGACAUCGAGACAACAAGCAGGACUUCUCCAUAGUAGCUAUCCUUUUUGCAGCAGCAGCAUUUUUGCGCUUUAGAGGCAUAAGUACACCAAGUGAAGCUGUAUUCGACGAAGUUCAUUUUGGUGAAUUUGCCGCUCAGUAUAUCAAAAGAAGCUUUUUCUUCGAUGUGCAUCCUCCUCUAGCAAAAAUGCUAAUUGCAUUUGUUGGCUGGAUAUUUGGGUUCAAUGGAGAUUAUGUUUUUCCAGACAUCGGCAGUGAAAUACCCAAAGAUGUGCCUUAUACAGCUAUGCGCGGAUUUGGAGCAUUUUUAGGUUCCAUGAUAAUACCUCUAUCUUAUUUAACACUUCGGACUGCUGGACAUUCACGAACUGCUGCCAUUUUUACAGCGUUGACACUUUGCUUUGAAAAUGGAUUAGUUACAAAUAAUCGUUUGGUUAUGUUGGACUCAUACCUCUUAUUCUUCACUGCACUAUCAAUAUACUUUUGGCUACAAUCUUCACGUCAAAGGACUUUUAGCCAAGGAUGGUGGUGUUGGCUUGUAUUGACAGGUUUGGCAUUGGGAUGCACAGUCAGCACAAAGUGGGUUGGUUUAUUUACUAUUGCUACAAUCGGCUUACCUAUGCUGAUAAACCUUUGGACUACACUUGGAAAUAUUUAUAUUGCUAAGCGCACGUAUGCUAUUCUUUUCACAGCAAAGAUAUUCUGUAUCUUUAUUAUCCCUGUCAUUGUUUAUGUUGCUUCGUUUUUUGUUCAUUUCAAGAUUUUGUCACAUUCUGGCUCAGGUGAUAGUUUUAUGGCCUUUGAAACGCAAAAUGAGUUGAAGGGUGAGGACCCCAUAGAUACACCAUUGCCCAUCACGUACGGCUCAGUUUUAACCAUUCGACAUCUUGCCACCAGAGGAGGAUAUCUACACUCUCAUUAUGCAUACUAUCCUGAAGGAUCCAAUCAACAGCAGGUUACUUUAUAUCCUUUCAAAGACCAGAAUAAUUGGUGGAGAAUUCUCAAGGCGAAUGUGAAUGUAACAGACGAACUAGAAUCGUCAGGCGACUUGUUGGGAAACGAUAAUAAUACUUGGUUGGAAUAUGUGCGUAAUGGCGAUUUUAUUCGUCUAGAACAUGUUACAACAUCACCAAGAAAACUUCAUAGCCAUAACUUUCCAGCACCUGUUACUGAAACGGAUUAUCAUUAUGAAGUCAGUGGCUAUGGUUUUCCUGAUUUUGAUGGCGAUUCAAAUGACUUUUGGCAAGUACAAAUCGAACCCAACAACAAGAAGUCUCCCGAAGCAGGUGAUAUUUUGCAGGCUCGUCAUAGCAAGUUCCGAUUAUAUCAUCGAAACAUGAACUGCCAUUUAUUUUCUAAAGAGGAAAAUUUACCUGACUGGGGAUUUAACCAACAAGAAGUAUCAUGUAUUGAAGAAGGUCUUAAACCAAAAACACUCUGGAUGGUGGAUGAGCAAGAUAAUCCAUUAUUACCCGCUGACGUACCCAUCGUGCACGAAGAUAGACCCGGUUUCCUAAGCAAAUUGAUCACACUUAACAAGGUGAUGUGGGAUGCAAACAAGGAAAUGACGGAAGAGCAUGAUUAUGGAUCGCGCCCCGAAACAUGGCCCGUACUUCACACCAGCAUUCCAUUCUGGGUUUCGCGACCUUUACAAAUUGUCUUACUGGGCAAUCCUCUCGUCUUCUGGGGCUCUACCGUCAGCGUGUUUACCUACUUUAUUCUUUGGAGCGUUUUCCAAAUCCUUGAUAAGCGUGGCAUUAGCUAUAACUUCGAUGGUAUGCGUUCUACGUAUGAGAAAACGGCUGGAUUUUUUGUGAUCGGUUGGGCAUUCCAUUACUUUCCUUUUUUCUUUAUGCAUCGUCAGCUCUUCCUUCAUCAUUAUAUGGUUUCCCUGUAUUUUGCUGUCUUGGUCAUGGGUGUGGGUGUCGAGUUUGUCACGAAACGCUUCCCUCCUCAGAACAGGCUCGUGUUUUGUUUCGUUUUGAUGGCAUGCAUUGUAUUUACCUACUACGUUUACAGUCCCAUUACAUACGGUGAAAAGUGGUCUUUGGCUGCAUGCCAAAAUGCUAGGUUAUCAAAAGCUUGGGAAUUCAGUUGCUCGAUUUACGAUGAAUCAUCAUUUAACAAAGUAAAACCAAACCAGGCGAGAGUAAAUACUGUGCAAAACGACAUGGAAGACGGAAUAGCAAAUAUCCUUUAUGAGGAUGCUAAUGAUAACCAUGAUGUUGAUACCAAAUUCGCUUCCUAUUCUGGGGGAUCACCUGAGCCUUUUGAUGAAGAUUAUUUGGAAGACGAAGAAGGUCCUAUGGAUGAGCCUACUGAAGAGCCUAUCUAUGAAGAACCUGGGCCCGAAUUUGUUGAUGGUAAGGAGGUAUACGGAGAAGACGACGAAGAUGAAGACGACUGGCCCAAGACGAUUUACGGAGAGGAUCCUAACGCUGAGGAUGAUGCUGAGGCAGAUCCCUCGCCUUUGAAACCUAAGGAUAUUCCCGCAACAGUACAUCAUUAG